AUGGCGACAAAGUACAUCAUUGGCACACUGGUCGGAUCCUUUGGCAUUGCGUACGUCUGCGACACCACCGUUUCUGACAAGAAGAUCUUUGGAGGCACUGUUUGCAAGAUCGCAACCGACAAGGAGUGGUUUCAGGCCACGGACGCCAAGUUCCAGGCCUGGCCUCGCACCGCUGGGCCGCCGGUCAUCAUGAACCCCAUCAGCCGCCAGAACUUCAUCGUCAAGAACCCUUGAAUAGGUGGCACGAGCGGCAUCUCGCUCCCACCAUGGGAUCCCAAGUUUCUUUUCUAGGGUUUUGAAGUUCCUAAUAAAAGGGACUUGAAGUUGGGGUAUACUCUUUUGUUUUACGAAUUUCAGUUUC